GAUCAACCAACCUUUACUGAAAAAACCAGCCAGAGAGAGAGAGAGAGAGGAAGAAAUUACAGUUAGUAGCUCAGGAGAAAUAGAACAGUAGAGAGAAGAGAUGAGCGUGAUCGAUCUCAUAACGCGAGUGGACGCCAUAUGCAAGAAGUACGACAAGUACGAUGUCGACAAGCACCGCGAAUCCAACGCCUCGGCCGGCGACGCCUUCGCCCGCCUCUACGACGCCGUUCGGGCCGACGUCGAUCAAGCCCUGGAGGUGCGAAAUCGAGGGCUGCUUCGGCUGAGACGAAUAGGGCAACCGCUGUGGCCGUGAACGCCGAGGUUCGACGUAGCAAAGCUCGUCUGCUCGAGGAAUUCCCCAAAUUGCAGCGACUUGCUCUCAAAAAGGUCAAAGGGCUUUCAGAGGAGGAGCUUCAAGGUCGAAGUGAUUUGGUUUCUGCUUUGAAAGAGAGGAUUGAAGCAAUACCUGAUGGAUCUACUGUUGCGGCUAAACAAACUAGUGGAUGGGCAGCUUCGGCCUCAUAUACUGGAAUUAAAUUUGACUCAAGUUCAGACAGAAGAUUUGAUAGCGAAUACUUUCAGACAACGGAGGAAUCAAACAAUUUUAGGCAGGAAUAUGAAAUGCGGAAGAUGAAACAGGAUGAAGGAUUAGAGGUUAUUGCUGAGGGGCUGGGUACAUUGAAAAGCAUGGCACAAGACAUGAAUGAGGAGAUGGAUAGGCAAGCGCCAUUAAUGGAUGAAAUAGAUGACAAGGUUGACAGGGCCACGGCAGACCUAAAAAACACGAAUGUGAGACUCAAGGAUACGCUAACACAGCUGAGAUCCAGUCGCAACUUCUGCAUCGACAUCAUACUGCUGUGUAUAAUCCUAGGAAUUGCUGCAUAUUUAUACAAUGUACUAAAGUGAAACCUGUGUUGGGGCAACCAUUUCGGCAAUCCAGGAGGAGAAGAGAGUGCUGGGUCGUGUCCUUAUUAUCCUGUAAAUUCUUGCCCUGUUUCUUGUUGUUAUGGUAGAAAGUAGUAGCUUUCUUGGGAUUGAUCUUCGGAUCUAUGUAGAAACUGUUGGAUUAGUUAACCUUGAUCCAAGAUGGGAUGUUCGCUGUAUCAAUAAUUGCUGAUUUGCAGCUGCUUCUUGAUUGCCUCCCAAUACACAACAGCUCCAAUCCAACGGGCAAUAACCUCAA